GAGGCCAGAGAGCCGAAGGGGUAGGGUGCACGAAGAUGGCAGCAGCUGAGGAGGAGCGGAAGCCCAAAAAGCUGAAGGCGGAGGCGCCGCGAGCGCUGAGUUACCUGUGAUCCAGGAACAGAAGAUCCUCCUUCUGACGUUUUGUCAGAAGGUCAGUAGUAGCCUAAUGCUAGGUCACAGACUCUGCAUCAUUUACCUCACCUCAUCUUAUCACGUGGGCAUUAUAUCAUCUCACAUCACAAGAAGAAGAGGAAAAUAUUCUCUUUGGAAUGGGAAAUCCUCUUCUGGAUAUCUCUGCUGUAGUGGAUAAGGAUUUCCUUGAUAAGUAUUCUCUUAAAGCAAAUGACCAAAUCUUGGCUGAAGACAAACACAAGGAACUGUUUGAUGAACUUGUGAAAAAAUUCAAAGUUGAAUAUCAUGCUGGUGGCUCUACCCAGAAUUCAAUUAAAGUGGCCCAGUGGAUGAUUCAGCAACCACACAAAGCAGCAACAUUUUUUGGAUGCAUCGGAAUAGAUAAAUUUGGGGAGAUCCUGAAGAAAAAAACUGCUGAAGUCCAUGUGGAUGCUCAUUAUUAUGAACAGAAUGAGCAACCAACAGGAACCUGUGCUGUGUGCAUCACUGAUGACAACAGGUCCCUUGUAGCUAAUCUUGCUGCUGCCAAUUGUUAUAAAAAGGAAAAACAUCUUGAUAUGGAGAAAAACUGGAUGUUGGUUGAAAAAGCAAGAGUUUAUUACAUAGCGGGUUUUUUUCUUACGGUUUCCCCGGAGUCAGUAUUAAAAGUGGCUUGCCAUGCUUCUGAAAACAACAGAAUUUUCACUUUGAAUCUGUCUGCACCAUUUAUUAGUCAGUUCUUCAAAGAAUCAUUGAUGAAAGUUAUGCCUUAUGUUGACAUACUUUUUGGAAAUGAGACGGAAGCUGCCACUUUUGCUAGAGAGCAAGGCUUUGAGACUGAAGACAUUAAAGAGAUAGCCAGAAAGACACAGGCUCUGCCAAAGGUGAACUCGAAGAGGCAGCGAAUCGUGAUUUUCACCCAAGGGAGAGAUGACACCAUAAUGGCUACAGGAAGUGAAGUCAUGGCUUUUCCUGUCUUGGAUCAAAACCAGAAAGAAAUUGUUGAUACCAAUGGAGCUGGAGAUGCAUUUGUUGGAGGUUUUCUGUCUCAACUGGUCUCUGACAAGCCCCUGACUGAAUGCAUUCGUGCUGGCCACUAUGCAGCAAGCGUCAUAAUUAGACGGACUGGAUGCACCUUUCCUGAGAAACCAGACUUCCACUGAUGGAAAAGCAAGAAACCCAAGCCCAGGAGGCCAGACACUGCCCUGAUUGCUUCCUGAGAAUUCCCAUAUUAAUAAAGAAAAUUAUCUGCCAU